GCCCCGGCCAAGAGCCCCGAGGGAGGCCAGUGCCCACGCCAAAGGGGUAAAGGAAAUCGACAUCCUCGUCAGCCACGCCAGGCAAAUGUCACGUGACCGGAGCCGUUGCGUGGCAGCCCCUCCCUCCUUCGUCUCCCUCAGUCUCCCUCAGGUGUUCUGAGGAGGAGGAGGUGGGGAGAGAGAACUUUUCGCUCAACCGGCACGUAAUUUUGGCGAAGUUGAGAUACCCAAGACAAGAGAGAGGGAAAAAGAGAGAGAGAAUAGAAAUCCAGACCAGACUCUCCCCGUAGAAUGCCUAGCACUGAGAGUGACGCGCGCAGAGAUUAGCCCAGAAGAGCGAGUGUGAGAAUCGACGUCGAGAUGUCGCUGUCGACGCUGCUUCGCUACCUGGUCGAGGUGCCCAAAGGGUUGGGCAAGAUCGUUGGUUUCAGUUGCAUCCUCCCCUGCCUGACGAAGGCGCUGGGCGUCGAGCGCGUGCGGGAGAUUGCCGAGUCGAAGAUUGACCCCGAGAUGCCGUCGAAGGCGCGGGAGAAGAUGCUGUCGGCCUUGACCACGCCCAACGAGGUCGCGACGCUGAAGGAGAGGUCAAAGUUCAUCUGGGACAAUGCGCUACGGGAGGCCAGGAUUCAGGCCGAGCUGGAUAAGAUAGCACCAGACCCUUCGGUUUUGAAACUCGAAGGACGGAGUGCCUGUGGUCUCCUCGAUGGCGCCUCUCCUUCGCGCCCCUUCGUCAUGAAUUUCGGGUCAUGCACGUGACCUACUUUCAUGGCCAGCUUGGAGCGGUUCCAUGAGAUGACUGAGGACUACUCCGAGCUGGCAGACUUCGCCCUCGUCUACAUCGCGGAGGCACAUCCCAUCGAUGGAUAUUUUCUCAAGGACAAUUUGCAGAUUCCGAGU